AUGAAUCUGGAAAAGUCAGCAAGAUGUUUUCUGCUGCUACUCUUUCAAUGUGGACUAUGGACAACUGCAGAAAAGGCCUUUGAACUUGCUAAUUCUCAUCUGAUUCCGCCAGGAGGCUAUAAGAGACUGAUCAACAUUAACGCAGAAGGUAAUUGUGGUAUGCCGGGUAUGUGUGUGAUUUAGAAAAGGGCAAUCAAAAUUAUGGAGGGAUUGAUGAAUGUUCCCUAUGAAGAAAUGCAAAAGUGGGAAUUUUUAGAAAGAAAAAAAAGUGUUUUCAGGAUGUGUGCAGAGAAUUGGUACAGAGAACAUUGACAAAAGCGUGUUUUAUCCCUCUCCCAUAAUACUAGAAGUCAGGGUCUCAAGAUGAAAUGGAUUGGCAGUAAAUUCAGGAAGUCCUUUUUCACUUAUACUAACUUAAAGAAAGCACUUCCACAAGAUGUGGUGAUGGUGACCUCUGGCUUAGAUGGCUUUAAAAGGAGGAUUGGGCAAACCCAUGGAGACAGGAGCUAUCAUUUAGCUAAAUAGAACCUUCACAUAUACAAAGGCAGGAAGCUCCUUGCCACAGAUACCACCUGAGCUUGCACCUACAGUGAUGAGUCCAGGAGGGCCUCCAAGCUACAAACUUGGUCAUCUCACCUCUUAUACACCCUGCCAAUCACUGGGCUCUGCAGGUGAGGGCCUCCUACAGAUGCCGUCUUAUCAGGAGGUCUAUUCCAUACAAUAGGGACGCAGGUGGCGCUGUGGGUUAAACAACAGAGCCUAGGACUUGCCAAUCAGAAGGUCGGCGGUUCGAAUCCCCGUGACGGGGUGAGCUCCCGUUGCUCAGUCCCUGCUCCUGCCAACCUAGCAGUCCGAAAGCAUGUCAAAGUGCAAGUAGAUAAAUAGGUACUACUUUGGCGGGAAGGUAAACGGCGUUUCCGUGUGCUGCUCUAGUUCGCCAGAAGUGGCUCAGUCAUGCUGGCCACAUGACCCGGAAGCCGUACGCUGGCUCCCUCGGCCAGUAAAGCAAGAUGAGCACCGCAACCCCAGAGUCGGUCAUGACUGGACCUAAUGGUCAGGGUUCCCUUUACCUUUACCUAUUCCAUACAAUGGAGGAAUCAGGCAUUUCGUGUUGUGGCACCUACCCUUGGGAAUCUCCUGCUCUUGAAUAUUAGACAGGCACCACCUCUGUUGUCUGCUGAAGACCUUCAUCUACAAUAAGCCUUUUAAAUUGAUAUUUUCCCCAGUCAGCAUAUGUACUGGAAUUGUUUUUAAGAAGUUUUUAUUAUUUUAUCACUUGCUGUUUGCCAUCAUGGGCUCGUUUGGGAAGAAGGGCAGGGUAUAAAUUUAAUAAAUUCUAACAAUAAAUACAGGGUAAGCGCAACCCCAUUCAGAAUAAACUGCAUCACUCCACCCAGGUCUCCCAGCUUCAUAACCUGCAGCACCUCUGUCUCAUCUGAAUUUACACCUCAGUUUGUUUGCCCUCAUCCACUCCAAAAAUACCUUGAGACAUCUUUUUCUAAGACUCCCUAGGAUUUGCAGGCAGAAAUGAGAGUUAGAGCUGGUUGUCAAUCACAUACUGGUGAUUUUGAAGAACAAACCUCCAGAUUUUGAAGAACAAACCCCUAUCCAACACACACAUGGAACUGUAGGUAUUAUACAACAUGGAGGCCAUAAACCUGAGGCACCCCAAAGGCCAGAGGGCUUGGGGUAGAAUCAAAGUCCUCCAGCACCACCUUUUGGUACUGAUCCUCCAGGAAGGAAUAGAGCCAAAGUAACACAGUGCCUUCCAUACCCAACCUAGCAGGAUGGUCCAGAAAGAUACCCUGGCCAAUAGUAAUGAAUGUCAUCGAAAGGUCAAAGAGAAUCAAUAAGGUUGAAGUCCCCUCGUCCAGUUCCCCUGGUCCUCCACAAGGGUGACCAAGACUGUUUCUGUCUCAAAACUAGUCUGAAAGCCUGGUUGGAAUGUAAACAAAUAACCAGUUUCCUUCAACAUGGCCUUGAGUUGAGAGGCCACCAUGCUUUCUAUCACCUUGUCCAAAAAUGAUAGGCUUAAAGAUGGGCAAAGUUUGUCACAGAGGGUUCGGUCCAAAGCUGCUUUCUCAAACGUGACUUCACCACCGCCUCUUUCAGCACAGUGGAGAUCACGCCCUAUUUCCAGGACGCACUAACCUCAAUUUAUAUUUUUUCUGGUGCUCAUCACCAUAGAAGCAGGGAGCUUCCUGAACAGCAUUUUGUAAUCUAAGCAUAAAACUGUUUUUAUUUAAUAACAAAUGUGACGGUUUUCAUUUUCAAUUUGUUAUAAGGAUCUCUGUGCCUUUUCUAUGGAUAGAUUAUAGUACCCUUUUCUUCUCACAGCCACAUUCCUUGGUGUUCAAUUAUCUGGAACCUAGGGCUAAGACAAAUACAGUGGAGGUUGGUCCAUUGAGACACUCAACAAACUCAGCCUGGUAUCCUUACCUACAUCCGGUCUAGUGGGUAGCACUGACUUCCAGCUUCCUCCUCCGCCUUAGUUUCAGUGUUGCCCUUGUCGAACUCAGCAGGAAGAGGAUGGGGACAAAACCAGAAUUAGCUGGCCUUGGCUAUUAUUGACGCCAUCUCCACCUACUGUUGUCCUUCCUGCCUUCUGUGUCUCAGGGAGCACCAGCCUCCACUGAUUCUCCACUGUGAUACAGCUCCAUAUGUUGGCCAUGUCUAAUAUGGAAAUAGCUGUUUUUCCUUCUAAGAGGAAAGAGGCACCCAUACCGCACAGACAGUUCAGGGUACUUUUCACUGAUGGGUAGAUGCAGUGCCAAGCAAUUACGAACUGUUCCAUUCCUUAAGUGUGUAUCGGAGUUCUUAGGAGUUGGGGGUUCUGUACUGGGAGACAAAUAAUAGUUGUCAGAGAGGAGAUUUCUGCAAGAACUAUUAUUUCUUUGUUAAGAGACACGGAUGAAGGGGAGCUUUGUAACACAUCCUCAGAAUCUCUAACGAUAGGCUGAGUCAUCUCCUCCUCCUCCACUUACAGAGAUUGAAAAAUUAGCUCUAAUCAACCGUAACUCUUCCAGCUCUCAAAGUUGCGACAACCAGCAAACAGGGGACACAUGGUGUACUGUUUCCUAUUUGCACAUCUCUGUAGCUAAACAAAAGGCACAUGCCCAAUUUUGAGAAUAUAGCAGUUUCUUCCCCCACCUACACACCAUGCAUUUAAAGCUAUCCAACACACAUUUUAAGCAUAGGACUUCCUCCGAAGUAAUAUGGGAACUGUAGUGUGUUGGGGUGAUGGGAAUUGUAGCUCUAUGAGGGGAGGAACUACAGUUCCCAGGAUUCUCUGGGGAAAUACAUUUUAAAUGUGUAUUGGAUGUGCUUUAAAUGUACAGUGUGGAUCUGUUUCUCUUUCUCUAAUGUUAAACCUAGACUUGACCACAGUGAACUUUUGUGUGUGUAAAACUUCACACUUCACAACUGAUUGUGCUUUGAAUAAUUUGCUGACUUGUCAAGAUAUAUAUUUGACUAUAUAAAUUUUGUUUUCAAUCUGCAGAACUGUAAACAAAGCUUUUGUCCCUUCAAGGUCACUUUCAGCCCUUCCUAAGUUAUGUACGGGACGCGGGUAGCGCUGUGGGUUAAACCACAGAGCCUAGGACUUGCCGAUCAGAAGGUCAGCGGUUCAAAUCCCUGCGGCGGGGUGAGCUCCCGUUGCUUGGUCCCUGCUCCUGCCAACCUAGCAGUUCGAAAGCACGUCAAAGUGCAAGUAGAUAAAUAGGUACCACUCCGGCGGGAAGGUAAACGGCAUUUCCGUGCACUGCUCUGGUUUGCCAGAAGUGGCUUAGUCAUGCUGGCCACAUGACCCGGAAGCUGUACUCCGGCUCCCUUGGCCAAUAAAGCGAGAUGAGCGCUGCAACCCCAGAGUCGGUCACGACUGGACCUAAUGGUCAGGGGUCCCUUUACCUUUAAGUAAUGUACAUAAUGCUUUUUUCCAGUGUUUUGAAAUUAACAGUUUAUGUUUUGUUCUGGAUUUUCUCCAUUUCCUUUUAAUAAUUAAUUUUAAUAAUUAAUAGAUUAUUUAUGAUGAAUUGUAUUUACUCUUUGAUGCUAACAUCAGUCUUUUCAUGUGGAUUUCUACUUGUCAACCUGUAUGAUAUUUCGUGAGCAAAUAUUUCUAUUCUUAUCCAUCAUUGUUAUUACCUUUUGUUUACGACGGUGCUUAAUAAUAAUAUAUUUUUAAAAUUGUAGUCACAUCACAAAAAAGAAACUAUGUAGAACUGCACAAUAUAUGUGCCUCAGAUCCUGACAAAUUAACAAUUUCUUACAUUUGAGGGCAAAAGUCCAUUCUUGUGGAAGCUUUUAAGCCAAGCUUACGGGAUUAUAAUGUUAAGCAUUCAUUUAUUUCCAUGCAGAAUAUCCACGAGACUGCAGUGAGAUCUUUAAGCAGUCUGAAGAAAACUCCAGAGAUGGUCUAUAUGUCAUUCAGCCAGCAAAGGAGCCUAUUGGCGUGUACUGCAACAUGCAAGAUGGUGGCUGGACAGUAAUUCAGCACAUUACUGCCAACAGUACGGUGGACUUCGAUAGGACAUGGCAGGACUACAAACAUGGAUUUGGCACAAUUAACGACAACUACUGGUUAGGCAAUGAAUACAUGCAUCAGCUAACCAGCUCUCCAAGGCCAUAUGCACUUAGGAUUAAACUUGUAGACCUAAAUGCCAAUAUCAAGUGGGGAGAAUAUGAGCCCUUCCGCAUUGAAGAUGAAGCCUCUCAAUACCGAAUCAGGCUUGGUCUGUAUAAAGGUAAUGCCGUCGACGCCCUGUGUCGUGACACAGAAGCGUAUCUCCAUGAUAACCAGAUGUUCACAACAAAAGAUAGAGAUAAUGACAACUAUUUUCAGAACUGUGCCAAACUUGAGUACAACGGGAUUGCUGGGGGAGGCUGGUGGUAUGAUGCUUGUGCUGGAGCGAAUCUAAAUCGCAGGAAUGUCAUCUACUGGCAGCAGGACUGCAACAAAGAGCAUGUAUGCAAGUAUGCCUGGAUGAUGGUCAAGCCAGCUGACCACAGCCAGGAGUGGCUCAAGGCUUGCCCUGCCGAGAAGGAAGAAUUGUAA